GAGAUAUUUCAGAGAGAAUGGAAGUAUCUCUCCGUGGGUUUAGAAUGAGUCCGGUCGGGUGUAGGUUUCUCUCAAUGUCAACUCCAGGUUUUGUGAGAAAGCAGUUUGGCGGGGAUAAAAAGUUUGACGGUGCAGGGAUAUUUAAAAAGGACGCUGCCACUAUUCUAGAGGAGGAAAGAAAUGGAGUUUUUAGAGUUUUAGAUAUAGGUCGACCAAAGUCGAACGAGUUUCGACGAGACAACUUGAAGCGACCGAAUUUCGACAAGCACGGCCCGCCGCGACACACUGAGAUGAAACCUGAUCAGGAUUGGGGGAGUGUCUGGCCCGCCCCAAGAACAUUUCAUCCGGCGGUAGUUCCGCUCCCGCUCCGACAGGGAGUCGUACAGAUCAAAAGUCAGACGGUUCCGUCUAAAUACGCCAACCUGGAGCUGAUGAAAAUCCCUAAUUUCUUGCACUUAACCCCACCAGUUGUUAAAAAACAUUGCGCGGCAAUUAAAAAGUUUUGUACACCUUGGCCGGUAGAGUUAAACACAGAGGAACAGAUACAAGAACAUUUCCCGAUACAGGUUAUAACGAGUAACUAUCUAAACUCUAACUCUUCUGUUCGAGAUAAACGGUCUCGUAUUGUUGUUCUCAGGUUCAAACUUUCAUCUCUCACAUUAGACAAGCACUCAAGGGACAAGUUUAUUCGUCUUGUUGGAGAAAGGUAUGACCAUGAGUCGGAUGAAGUUACUCUAACUACAGAUAGAUGCCCGUACAGAGGUCAGAACCUGGAGUACUCACAAUACCUUCUCACUGCUCUCUACUACGAGUCCUGGAAGGUCGAACCCUGGGAACAGAAGGAGUACCUGGACAAGGAGGAGUUCCAGGUUGAAAAGGAGGAGUUGGACGAGUUCACCUCCACUAUCCAGAAGAUCUUGAAUGACGGAGAGGAUGAGGAUACCUUGAGGGAGUAUAAAGAAUCUGCUCGGAAAUUACUGGAGCUGCCCCCCACUACUGUUAUACCGCAGAUUGUUAGUAAUUAAACUUUUCUCAACUUA